AUGUCUGAUACAGAGAUCGUACAAAAUAAAUCUGAAGAAGCUUCGAAUGAUUUCGUAGAAGAUGGAAGUAACAAAUUGGUUGUAAAAUGUAAAUUUUGUGGUUCGAAAAUAUUAGAAAAGAAAACUGGAAAAUUUGUAGUACAAGAGAUGAAUCUACCUCUAAUGCAUCAAGAUACAAGAAAAGAGGGUGAAUUACAAUCAGAAAAAAUAACUGAAUUUUAUCAUGUAGAGAACAUGUAUACAUUUGAGAAUAUAGGAUUCACUCUGACUGUCGAUAAUUACAAGUACCUGAGCUGUGCCGAUUGUGAUGCAGGGCCGGUCGGUUAUUAUGAUAUGAACACAAAACAUAGUUAUGUAGCAUUAUCUAGAGUAGAACAUGCUUAA